AUCCCAAAGAACUGUCAAAUCGUCAGAUUAUCCGUCAGUCGACGUGUUUAGUAUUUUUCCUUGAAUGAAAUUCCGCCGGACCCUUUCCAAGUGAUUUCCCGUGGAAGAUGUGCAUUUAAUUGUGGAGCUCGACAAAGGAUGAAAGACUACACCAGCUCCAGAAUGUACUUCGCGACUAUAAUCGUUUUAGUUAAUUUGCUGUGCGGCGUAAUAGCGGACGAACACAAUCACAUUUACAACGAUGGCGAGGAGGUGGUGCUGUGGAUGAACACGGUGGGGCCAUACCACAACCGGCAGGAGACCUACGCCUACUUCUCGCUGCCCUUCUGCGUAGGGGAGAAACGCGGGAUCGGCCACUACCACGAGACCCUGAGCGAGGCCUUGCAGGGCGUGGAGCUCGAGUUCAGCGGCUACGACAUCAAUUACAAAGCCAACACCGAGCCGACCGUCAUCUGCAUGGUGGAGCUGAACGACGAGAAGGUGAAGGCGUUCACGUACGCCGUGAAGAACGACUACUGGUACCAGAUGUACAUCGACGGGCUGCCGAUCUGGGGCAAGGUCGGCGAGAAGGAGGACAAGAAGUUCUCGAUCUACACGCACAAGCGCUUCGACAUCGGCUACAAUGGCCAGCACAUCGUCGACAUCAACCUCACCACUGAGAAGAAGGAGCUGCUCACGCCCGGCGCCAAGAUCAAGUUCACGUACGAGGUGAACUGGAAACCCAGCCCCGUCAAGUUCGCGGAUCGCUUCGACAAGUACCUGGACCCGAACUUUUUCCAGCACAGAAUCCACUGGUUCAGCAUCUUCAACAGCUUCAUGAUGGUCAUCUUCCUGGUGGGCCUCGUCUCCAUGAUCCUGAUGCGCACGCUCCGCAAGGACUACGCGCGCUACAGCAAAGACGAGGAGAUGGACGACAUGGAGCGUGAUCUUGGCGACGAAUACGGCUGGAAACAAGUACAUGGAGAUGUAUUCCGUAGCCCCUCGCACGCUUUGUUCUUUUCCGCUCUGGUUGGUACUGGCUACCAGUUGACGUCUGUGGUAUUGGCUGUGAUUAUAUUUGCUAUUUUAGGGGAGCUCUACACAGAGCGUGGCUCACUUCUAUCGACGGCUAUUUUCGUAUAUGCCGCAACGUCGCCCAUCAACGGCUACUUCGGAGGAUCUCUUUACGCCCGAUUGGGCGGUAAAGUUUGGAUAAGACAAAUGUUAGCUUCUGCAUUCCUCGUACCAGUGUUUGUGUGCGGAACUGCUUUCUUCAUUAACUUUAUUGCAAUUUACUACCACGCCUCGCGAGCCAUUCCGUUUGGAACGAUGGUGGCCGUGACGUGUAUUUGUAUUUUUGUAAUAUUGCCGCUAACUCUGGUUGGCACAGUUGUGGGGAGGAACUUAGACGGGCAACCAGAUUACCCGUGCCGCGUGAAUGCAGUACCGCGACCUAUACCCGAAAAGCGCUGGUUCAUGGAACCGGGGAUUAUCAUUUUGCUCGGUGGGGUGUUACCAUUUGGGUCGAUAUUCAUCGAAAUGUACUUCAUUUUUACAUCAUUCUGGGCGUACAAAAUCUACUACGUGUACGGAUUUAUGUUGCUUGUGUUUUGUAUUCUGAUGAUUGUCACGGUUUGCGUGACGAUCGUAUGCACAUACUUCUUACUGAACGCCGAGGACUAUAGGUGGCAGUGGACCAGUUUCCUGUCGGCUGCAUCGACUUCGCUCUACGUCUAUGCCUAUUCCUUUUACUAUUUCUUCUUUAAGACGAAAAUGUAUGGUCUCUUCCAAACCGCCUUCUACUUCGGCUACAUGGCCCUGUUCAGCGGCGCGCUAGGAAUAAUUUGUGGAACUGUAGGUUAUAUCGGGACAACCGUGUUCGUUCGGAAAAUCUAUUCGAACGUUAAAAUCGAUUAGGGCGCGGGUGCACAUGCGACUGCAAAUUGAAUCUAAUUAUUCACGGUGGCGUUGUGUUGCACACACAGAGAGUCAUUUAAAUUUUUAUUUCUAAUUUAAUUCUUGAUAUUGUUAAGAUCCUUUCGUCUUGUAAGUAUAUAAAAAAAUGAAUGUAGUUAGAAGUGGGGGAUGAAACCGCUUUGGACCACUUGGACAACCUGAAGCCGUCACCAGCUCCGGCAUUAUCUUAGAUCAGUUAUUAUAAUUUUUAUAUAUGUAUGUGUAAUAUAAAGGAAACAUGGGAGGAAACUCACUAAAUUCGAAAUUUAGUCGAGCUCGUAUCCUUGUUCUAGCUCUUCGUCGUUCGCCAGCCAAUUGUGUUUUCUAUUUUCGACUAAACUAUUCUAACGGUAAUAAAUAGUCAAAACGAA